AUGUCCGAGAAGAGAAAACGAGAUGGCGCAGACGCCGGUUCGAAACACGACAAGGACAAGAAGCGACAGAGGAAAGGGUUCAACGUCGGCUCGGAAAAUCUUCCAGACGGUGUCCACAGGCGCAAAAAUCAGGCCAUCAAGCAGGCGCUGAUAGAUCGAGCGAGAAUCAAAAAGGACUUUGCGAAGCUAAAGCGGAAUGCUGGCGUUACCGAUGAGCCGGAGUCGAUUCCUCAACCGGCGUCACUCGCAUUGGAUGCUGCGGAUCAAGAGGAACCCACCACGGCGCCGCAUCCAGACCGACAGACGCUGAUUGAGAAGGAGGAAGAGGCACCAGAGGCCGAAACGGAACGCAAAUCGAAUGUGGAGCCCAGAGCGCGGAAGCAGCGCAAACCGAAGAUUGUACCGUUCAAGAAGGAGUACGAUGAGGCGCAACAACGGAGAAUCGAGGCGGAAGAGCGUAGAAAGGCGAGAGAGGAGGCGAUGCGUGAGCGGCAAGGCAAGAUCGAGGAGCGGGAGCGAUUCAGAAAGGCCAUGGCUAAGGCACGGACGGGUGGGCCGAAUGGUCAGCGGAAAUUGGGACGAGAAAGUCAGGUGCUGCUUGACCGGGUGAAGCGCAUGGUGGGACAAUCAUGA